AUGGUCUUGCCACUUCUCCGUGAGAAGCCGGCCAUCACCUCUGCAGGACCCAGGACCCAGGACCCGGUCUCCAAAGGGUCCCUGGCGGGACCCCUGCAGGUGCCACCGGGUCGAGGCGGCUCCGCGAACCACGGGCGCUCGAGCCAGCGCCCCCUCCUCCGAGCCCCGAGCAGCCUGACCACCGCGCGGCCCCCCCAAGCCACCGAGCUCAGCCGUCUGACCGGGACGGGGUCGGCCACGCCCGCGCCGACACCCGGGGGUGAGCAGCCGCGCAGGCAGGAUCUCCCCGUUACCGACGGGCGCCCCCGGCCCCCGCCCGCCCUGCCCCCGUCCCCCGGUCACUGCACCCGGGGCUGCACCUCGGACCCGACACCUGCCUCCCUCUCCCACCGACACCGACGCCGAGCCCCGCCCCCCAGCCCCCAGGCCUGCAGCCGCGGGACCCUGCCCCUGUACCCGGGGACUAAGUCCGCCCAGAUUCCGGGCUGUUCGGAGCCCCAGUCCAGCUGGAGUUCGGGUCCGAUCCACCUAGUCCUCCGGGCGCGUCAAGUGGCCACCAGGCGCCGGGCGAGGCGGCCCGUGCGGCCCGAGCGGGGUCCUUCAGGCGCGCGGCGGGCAGCCCCCUGGGUCCUCGCCGUGGGCGGAGCCGGCGGUGGGGGCGGGGCUAAGCGCUGGGCGGCGGCGCGCCGCGGGUUCGCCAGGGCUCCCGGGGCGCCCCCUCGCGGCGGGGAGGGUGAGCGGGACGGGGCGCGGGGCGGGCGGCGGGCGGCGGCCUGGCGGGGGCCCUGCCCCUUGCACCUGCGGGGCCGCCCGCGCGGCCCUGGUCCGACCCUCGUAUCGGAACCUCCGUGGUUCGGUUCAAGUUUCUGGAACCAGACCCCGGUGCGCCGAAAGCCCUGCCACCCGCCGCCGUGGAUGCAGCCUGACCGGGACCAAAGCCUCUUUAAAAGAUGGCUGUUCGCCGAGAAAAGAGCCCGCCAGCACGGUUCCCGCUGA